GCAGCUGCCAUGGGCUGCUCGUAUUGUUCCCAACCUUUUCCCCUACCUUAUCUCAUACAUACACUCAUACACACUGCACAUACACCAAGAUCCAAGAACCUUCAUUGUGCUCCCCUCCUCGUGAGCUAGCUACCUCCCAUUUCUGGCAUCUGUUAACCUUCAUCCGUCGGUUCAUCCAUGGCAUAAUCGCAUAUCAUAGUACACACAUCUAUUCCAGUUUUCCAAUCAUCCAAAGAAAUCUCGAGGCCCAUAUUAUAGUAAGCUGAUAGCCAUAGCCCUAAUUCUAUAUUCUCCAAAAAUAGCAGCUUAGUACUCUUGCGUGCUCUCCCGGUUCCCAGAAAUAGCAUACUAGUCAAAGUCAGCACCUUGGUGCCUCGAGCUCGGGAGGUUGGGAGGGAGCUAGCGCGCCAUAUCCAUGGAGUUCUCGCCAACCGCACCGGCCGGUGGCGAGGAAUCCCAGAGGGUUUGCGCGUCUUCCUCGGUGGUGGAGAAAGAGCACAUGUUCGAGAAGGUAGUGACCCCGAGCGACGUGGGGAAGCUGAACCGACUGGUCAUCCCCAAGCAGCACGCCGAGCGCUACUUCCCGCUCGAUGGCGCUGCCGCGGCGCUGGCAGCGGAGGGUAGCGGCGGCAAGGGGAUGGUCCUCAGCUUCGAGGACCGCGCGGGAAAGGCGUGGCGGUUCCGGUACUCGUACUGGAACAGCAGCCAGAGCUACGUGAUGACCAAGGGCUGGAGCCGCUUCGUCAAGGAGAAGCGCCUCGGCGCCGGCGACACCGUCCUGUUCGGCCGCGGGGUCGGCGACAGCGCGGCGCGCGGCCGCCUCUUCAUCGAUUUCCGCCGCCGGCGCCCGGCCGAAGCCUACAGCGCCACCGUAGCUUUCCCUCCGCCGGCGACGUCGUCUUUGUCACACCGGCUGCCGCUCCUCCCGUCUGUGCCGUUCUGCCCAUGGCGGCGGGACUUCGGCUUCGGAAGCACCUACGGCGUCGCCUCGGCCGCGUCGGGAUCCAACCGUCAUGUGCUAUUCCUGCGGCAACAGGUGCCCGCGGCUGUGGUGCUCAAGUCCGUGCCGGUGCGCGCCGCGGCGUCCGUACUGGAGCCGCCGACGAGGCCUAUGCCUAAGCGAGUCCGGCUGUUCGGCGUGAACCUCGAUAGCCCGGACACGGAAGACGGCGGCGCCUGCGGAGUCACGCCGAUGGUGACCUCGACGCUCCUGCAGCAGCUGCUGCCUUCCCCGUCGUCGUCAACGUCGUCGACGGCGGGUAAGGAGAGGCAGUGCUCCCUGGAUCUUGGAUUGUGAAUUCAAGGCCGGAUUAAAGAAUAGUACUGACACGCGAACUGAUCCAGAGAGGCAAUGCGUGAUUGGGGCAGCCUGCGUACGUAUAUAGCUCCUGCAUUAUGUGUAACAUUCAGAUCAGAUGGGUUGUUUCUUCAUUCUUGACGAUAUCCAUCCUUGCUUGUAUGAUUAUUUGCUUGCUUUGAUAAGUACACUAAUUAAUUAUUUUGUUCUUCAUUUUAGUCUGAGUUUUAUGUUGUAUCAAACCUCUCUCAACAUCUGCAUCAUGGGAUACAUUCACAGUUUCACACAACUAAA